AGUAUUCCAAUGUGUCAUGGCGCACAUUCGGAAAAGGAAAAGCACCGAAAUGAUUCAAAAAGACAUUGAACUGGACCGGUUGCUGGUGGUGGCAUCGAAAGAUGGCGACUUCGAAGAAGUCAAAAAUUUAUUUGAACUCGGUGCAUCACCAGAUGCCACUGAAUACAACAAGAAUCUAUUCUAUGCAUCACAAAAUUACACGACCCCUUUGCAAAAUGCUGCUGCAGUGGGGCAUCCCCAAAUUGUUCACUAUCUCAUUGAGAAGGGAGCUGAUAUUAACGCCAAAGACCGCUUUGAUGUGACAGCAUUACACAUGGCAGCAGAAAUGGGCCACACGGAAUGUCUCCAGAAACUUCUGGAUGCUGAAGCAUUAUGCAAUGUUGGAACCAAAUACUCUAAGCAGGGAUCUUAUACAGCUUUUCCUCAUGCAGGGGGGACAACUCCAUUGCACCUGGCAGCUGCCAACAAUCAUAUUGACUGUGUAACAAAGCUGAUCUGGGACGGAGCUGAUUAUAACGCUGUGGAUGAGUUUGGCCGUACCAGUCUGUACAUAGCGGCCCAGAAGUCAUUUGAAGAUUGUGUCCAUGCUCACCUCAAUAAUGCCAUCUGGAAGGACAUUUUGUCUCUUCCUUCAAAACAGACAGGUGAUACUCCACUGCACGAGUGUGUGAAGAACGGUAUGUUGUCCUGUGUGGAGUCGUUACUGAAGCGAGGCUCGGACGUGAACCACAAGAAUAUGGCAGGGUUUAGUCCCCUACAUCUAGUGGUCCAGGCUAACAAAACAUUCUCCAUGGACAUGCUGAGACAGCUAGUCAUGAAUGGGUACAACACCGACGUCAACAUCCCGGAAUCUCUCGGCUAUAGCCCUCUCCACUACGUGUGUUUCCAUGAGACCUCCAUGCAGGAGAGACGACCUGAGGCUGCGGCUCUACUGAUAGCCUACGGAGCAUCGUAUAAAAUCUUAAAUCGUCAAGGUGACAACGUACUUCAGUACGAACUCCGCAAUAAAAACACAGACAGGACAAUUCUUCAUGCCAUUGUGAAAAGUGAGGCCUACCUUCCGACAUUAGAAUCUCUCGGGGCAGUGUCGGCACAUAUACUGCCCCCUGGUGCCCGCGAUCCACGUCAUCAGGGAAUUAUGAAUUUGAAUCGGUCUGACGAACAGUACGCCAAGUUGUCAUGGUACCGUGACCUCUGUAAAGAUCCACGCCCCCUCCAGCACUACUGCAGGUGUGUGAUUCGCAAUACUGUUGGAGUGAGGCGCCUUGGAAAAAUUGAUACUCUGCCUCUUCCUACAACCCUGAAGGAAUAUCUCCAUUUGACUUUAGAAGAGUUCCGAUCGUGAGGCGUUGCGUUUGUUUUCAUUAUUUGUUGAUCAGCCCACAUAUUGGGCAUGCAUUGUUGAUGUACAGAAUCUCCUUAUUAGGAAGUCGGUGACUAAUUGCCAUCUUGUGCUAUGUUAUGAUGUAUACAGGUUGACCAAUGCUCUCUGAGAAAUGUUAGCUAUAUAUUGGAUAUUGGAGAAAAAGCAAUACCAUGCAAGGCUAUCUCUGUAUGUUAAUUAUCUUCUUUUUUUUUUUUUUUUUACAAAUCUUGCAUAUAUUUGUUUCAAAAUUAAUCAUGGUAGUACAGGUACACUUUGCCCUCCUACAAUCAUGAAGAAAAUUGAUGUUAAAUCAUUAUUCAUUUCUCAUAAAAAAAAAUGUUUGUGCAUAAUUUAAGCCAGACUGUGUAUACUUAAAAGUACCUGGUAAAGGGACCACAAUACCAUCACAUUUGCUUCAAAUCAUCCUUGGUCAGAUUUGUUAAGAAAAGAUAAAGCAUUUCAAUUCUCUAGUCAUUAUCACACAUAAGUAAAAAUCAGUAAAUCAUUAUACUCUCAUAAAGGAAACUCCACCACUGGGAGGAAACAUACACAAUAAUAAUGUAUAAGAAUCUUUAAUAUUUUCUUAAUGUCAACUGUAAUUGUUGGGAAUAAUAUUUGGUAAAAAAAUAAAUUUGACAUGAGAAUUUAGAUUGAGAAAAAAUUUUACAUAUUUCUUUUAAAGUAGUUUUGUAAUCUCUGUAAAAUGUAAAUUUCAAAAAUGUCAAAAACAAACAAAUCAAUUGUCCAUUCUUCCAGUUAAAAUAUACAUUCUUACAUGUAUAUCUGCAAAAAAGUAUAUUUUUUGUGGAGAAAUAGUUUUGCUAUUCCCCGACUCUGUAUGAUGUUUAUGUGUGAAAAACUACCAUAGUGAUUUUCAUCCAUUUUUUCUUAGAAAUAUUUUUUGACAGAAAAAAUUAAGAUUCUCUCAAAAUAAGUUAAAAUAGAGUUUUUUUUAUACUUAUCACAAUGUAAAGACAUUACUGUUUAAUAAGUGCUUUAAUGCUGUAUGUAAUACAAAUAGAGAAAGAUAAAAAAUAUUUUUUUCAUUUACUGUAUAUUAUAGGCCAGUUAGAAUUACGACAGUUGUGUAAUUGUGAAUACUACCUUUUUGUCCAGUUCUAUAUGAUCUAAUUGAUCACAUGAUACAAAUAUUGUCUAUAUAUGACAUCCAUACUCAAUAUGAAUGACGUAGCUUUGCAAUAGCUCAAAAUAUAAUGUUUGCCAGCUGCCAAACUGUCAUUCAUUGACAGUCAUUUCUAGAUCUGUUAUAAAUGCCAUAAUGAGAUGGACAAGUGGAUAAGUAAAAUCCAGUUUCAGACUUUCAAGCAUUUGAAUCGGAAAUUAUUUUAGUACUCUAAUUUUGAAAAUGUUUAUCUAUACUUUUUAUUUGCAUUUAUGAUACAAAUAUAUAUUUACUUCAUGGCUGUGAAAGGAUUGGUAACAUGGUUGGAGAUUUGUCAGAAUUCAUUAGGAAGCUUGUCCGAAUGUAGCUUUAAAGCUGAAAGUGGUGCACUCAGUCAGAAUUGGUACUGAACAUUUUGUCAUUGUAUACCAGACUGUCUUAAUCAGAAUGUGACAGACUGUUAACUAAUAAGGUGACAAAACUUUCAACAGGGUUGAGGUCAAAAUCAAAAUCAGGUCAGUGCUGGAAAAGUGUUGGAAUUUGUGGUCGGUGCUGGAAAAGUGUUGGAAUUUGUGGUCGGUGCUGGAAAAGUGUUGGAAUUCAAGGUAAUUGCUGGAAAAGUGCUGGAAUUUGCGAUCGGUGCUGGAAAAGUGCUGGAAUUAGAGAAUUCUAUGAAUUUUAUGAAAAAUCUGUAUGAAACAUAGUAUCACUGCUAUUAAUGGUAUGCAAUAUCUCCUUAUGCAAGCUAAUACACCUCGGUAAACACUGCACAGAUUAUAACAGUUGACGCCAUGAUAUGGCCAUAGGUAUUUAUAUUGAAACAAAAUGGCCGCACAGAUGUCCAAGAAUGAUUGCCCGUCAACAACCCCUAUUUAUAUCGGAGGGAGAUUACAAGCUGUACAUCAGUCAGCAGUCGGUUGUAAAUAGGUUUAUAAUUAAUGGUAUUCCUACCGAAGUCGUGAUGGCAUCCAGAACAGUCCAUUUCUUGAGGAUACAUCAUCUUGCCUGCCAUGUGUGGAAAAUGUGGAGAUAUAUAAACACUGAAGGAUUUCCGCAAAAAUAAUCAGAUAAAAUAAAUCAAUGAUAAUAUCUAUGCUUAUGGCAAAGCUGUAACAUUAAAAUUUAAUUGUUUUAAAUGCUAAAUAAGAAAACAGAUUUGAUUUUGAUUUUGUCUCAUAAUGUGGAGAAAUUACAUUUGUAGCGGGACUGGACUGGGUCGAUCAUCGGCAGAGCAUCCGGCUAGUGUUCGGAGGUCCCGGGUUCUAACCCAAGUCUGGCUGCUACAAUUUCUCCUCUCCUGUUACAAAAUUGGCACCCAGCUAUUUACCAACGGUGGUGGUAAAAGGGUAUCUUGUGUCUUCAAGGGCGAAGACUUGAAAAAAAGGAGGGAGGUGUGUAGCGGGACUGGACUGGGUCAACCAUUGGUGACCAGGUAGCUCAAUUGGUAGAGCAUUCGGCUAGUGUUUGGAGGUCCCGGGUUCAAACCCCGGUCUGGCCGCUACAUUUUCUCCUUUCCUGUUACACAUUUUUCAAAAUUAUGUAAUGGCACAAGGCAUGUAUAGAGGUGUUAUGGAGUGCAAUUAAGGAGUGUUGUGUAGCUUAUUGAACGGAAAAAAAAUAUUUGAUAACUGGUCUUUUGAACUUCAGUGACAAGUGGAAAACAUGCAUGUUAUGUAAAUAAGAAUCAUUUGAAAUAGUCAUUUAAAACGUGUGCAAGGGAGACAUCCCAUAAGUAGCAUGUUUCCUCGGAGACGACACAUUCAUCUUAUCCCUUUCAUGUAUCACUAUCCAUUCUUCCAGCUGAUUGUUAUUGUUAAUACAGGCCUUCCUGCCUGAUACAAACCUGACUAUAUAUGGGUGUGUGGUAAAAAAUAAAGGGACAUAACUCUUUGUAACCUACACAGAGCCGACAGUGGGCGAGUUCGAUCACCAACUAUUGACAUGAGUCAGGCUGUUACAUCUAAUGUGAUUACAUAUGAGAAUAACCAAUCACUACCAUGCUUUCAAAUGGUGAUGCACACGCAGAUGAAGUCUAGUUGCCAUGGUCGACCAGAUUAAAGUUGAUGGUUUAACUAGAGUCAACAAGACAUUGUUGCUGUAUACAUAUGCGAAUUAAAUGUGCAACCAAAGUGAGAUUGCUCCUAAUUCAGCUUGACCAGAGUCGCCAUAGUUUCUGAUCGAACUCUCCCUGUAACUGUGGGAAUUGUUGAUCGAACUCUCCCUGUAACUGUGGGAAUUGUUGAUCGAACUCUCCCUGUAACUGUGGGAAUUGUUGAUCGAACUCUCCCUGUAACUGUGGGAAUUGUUGAUCGGACUCUCCCUGUAACUGUGGGAAUUGUUGAUCGAACUCUCCCUGUAACUGUGGGAAUUGUUGAUCGACCUCUCCCUGUAACUGUGGGAAUUGUUGAUUGACCUCUCCCUGUAACUGUGGGAAUUGUUGAUUGACCUCUCCCUGUAACUGUGGGAAUUGUUUAUGUAUCUGAAAUCUUCCUGUUAUUGAAGUAUUUGUUGAAUCGUUCCAUUGGUUGUUUUGUCUGUAGUACAGAUCAUUGUACAUAGGAUAUGCCACAAAUGGUGUCAUCAGAAAAUGAUUUUUCUCUAGAAAAAAUGUAUUUUCCUGUUAUAUCAUGAGAUUAAAAUGAAUAAAAUGUA